CAGAUGCUGCCUGACCCGUUGAGUUCCUCCAGGACUCUGCGGUUUGCUCAUGAUCUCAAGAUGGAAAAAUCAAAGACUACAGGGCUUUAAGAUGACCAAGGAACCAACCUGGCAGUGCUCCGUCUGAAGAAGGGUCUUGACCAGAAAUGUCACCUAUUCCUUUUCUCCAGAGAUCCUGUCUGACCCGCUGAGUGACUCAGCGUUUUGGGUCUACCAGAGGUCAUAGGUUUAAGGCAGGCUAAUGAAAAUUGAGUACUUAGACCCUGGGACCAGGGAUUGCGGCUUUUCAACCAGGUGGAGCAGCUCCACAGAAUACAGCGGAGAGGGGUGAAAAGAAAUGCUGUUGUUUUCUGCAUGAAAUAAACUAGUUGCUCCAUGACAACAAGCUACUUUAAAAAUGUCAAAUUCUGUUGUCCUGCGGCGUUUCAAUUCUCUGGGAGAAGACAAUAAAGCAUUUCAGGCAGAGUACUUAGAUAUUGAUGGUCCUGGUCAAAGAAACGUUUACACCGUAAAUGGAAACCACUCGUCAAAAUCCAAGGAUAACAAUGAAAAUUUAUCAGCAUCGAAGAAAAAAGAUCGCAUCAAGAUCGGCUUUUUUCAGCUGUUUCGGUUUGCCUCCUGCUACGAGGUGACUCUGAUGGUGUUUGGGGGUGUGUGCGCUCUGCUUCACGGGGUUGCCCAGCCGGCAGUGCUGCUGGUGUUUGGGCUGUUAACGGACACCUUCAUUGCCUACGACAUCGAGUUACAAGAACUCAAGGACACACGUAAACACUGCGACAAUAACACCAUCAAUUGGGUCAACGGGUCAGAAUACCUCAAUCAGCAUAACGAGACCAUGUCCUGUGGGAUCUUAAACAUUGAAAAAGAAAUGACCAUGUUUGCUUAUUAUUACGUUGGAAUAGGAUGCUCUGUGUUACUUUUGGGCUACUUCCAAAUCUGUUUCUGGGUCACUGCAGCUGCACGUCAGACCCAGAAAAUCCGCAAGGCUUACUUCCGGCAGAUCAUGAGGAUGGAGAUGGGUUGGUUUGACUGUAAUUCCGUUGGAGAAUUGAACACACGGAUGUCAGAUGACAUUAAUAAGAUUAACGAUGCCAUCGCUGACCAGGUUGGCAUCUUCAUCCAGCGCUUCUCCACCUUUGUGAGUGGCUUCCUCAUGGGCUUUGUGAACGGCUGGAAGCUGACGCUGGUCAUCAUUGCCGUCAGCCCGCUGAUCGGGCUCGGAGCCGCUCUCAUGGCGCUGUCUGUCGCCAGGCUAACUGGUCUCGGUUUGAAAGCUUAUGCCAAGGCCGGGGCAGUGGCCGAUGAGGUCCUUUCAUCCAUCAGGACCGUAGCUGCGUUCAGCGGGGAGAAAAAGGAGGUGGACAGAUAUGACAGGAACCUGGUGUUUGCUCAGCGCUGGGGCAUUAGGAAAGGGAUGAUCAUGGGAUUCUUCACCGGCUACGUGUGGAUGAUUAUCUUCUGCUGCUAUGCCCUGGCCUUCUGGUACGGGUCGAAGCUGGUGAUCGAGCAGAAUGAAUACACCCCAGGAGGUCUAUUACAGGUGUUCCUGGGCGUGCUGGUAGCCGCCAUGAACCUUGGCCAGGCCUCCCCGUGUUUGGAGGCCUUCGCUUCAGGCCGCGGAGCUGCCGUGAAGAUAUUUGAAACCAUCGACCGGGAGCCCGAGAUUGACUGCAUGUCAGAGGGGGGCUACACCCUGAACAAAGUCAAGGGCGACAUCGAGUUCCACAACGUGACCUUCAACUACCCAUCCAGACCAGACGUGAAGACACUUGACCGACUGAGUAUGGUUAUUAAAGCAGGAGAAACGACAGCAUUUGUUGGCCCAAGUGGGUCUGGUAAAAGCACAGCAGUGGAGCUCAUACAGCGAUUCUACGACCCUAAACAGGGGAUGGUGACCCUUGAUGGCCACGACAUUCGCUCUCUGAACAUCCAGUGGCUGCGUUCGCUGAUUGGCAUCGUUGAGCAGGAGCCCGUCCUGUUUUCCACCACCAUUGAGGAGAACAUCCGCUACGGGCGGGAGGGACUGACGAAGAACGAUAUUGUCCAGGCAGCCAAGGAGGCCAACGCGUACGACUUCAUCAUGGACCUGCCCGAGAAAUUCAACACCCUUGUGGGCGAGGGUGGAGGACAGAUGAGUGGAGGGCAAAAGCAACGUAUCGCCAUCGCACGAGCUCUGGUGAGGAAUCCCAAAAUCCUGCUGCUGGACAUGGCGACAUCAGCCCUGGACAACGAGAGUGAGGCCAUCGUUCAAGGGGCCCUCGACAAGGUUCGGUUUGGUCGAACAACCAUCUCCAUCGCACAUCGGCUGUCCACUGUAAGGAACGUUGAUGUGAUCAUUGGCUUUGAACAUGGGAGAGCGGUGGAGAGGGGGAGGCACGCAGAGCUACUGGAGAGGAAAGGGAUUUACUUCACGUUGGUUACACUGCAGACCCAGGGAGAACAGGCUCUCCACGAGAAGGCUCGGCAAGUGAACGGUGCGAUCGAGGAUGGAACGAGUGAGAAACGGCAGCUGAUCAGGCGUGGGAGCAGCCGUACCAGUGUGCGAUCCACGAGGCACCAGCGCUCCAGGUCUCAGGUGUCUGAAGUACUUAGCGAUCUGUCUGGGCCGGGAGAUGUGGCUUCAGCUGUCCGCACACCCUCCAUAUCCCUCGGGGAUGAGGACAAGGAUGUGGAGGAAGAGGAAGAGAGUAUUGAGCCGGCUCCUGUGUCCAGAAUCCUGAAAUACAACGUGUCCGAGUGGCCCUACAUGUUGUUUGGUUCUCUCGGGGCUGCUGUCAAUGGUGGCGUCAAUCCGAUCUAUGCUCUCCUCUUCAGUCAGAUCCUGGGGACAUUUUCGCUGCAAAACGAAGAAGAGAAAAUAAACCAAAUAAACGCAAUCUGUUUGUUUUUUGUUGUCGUUGGACUCGUCUCAUUCCUAACACAGUUCCUUCAGAGCUAUUUCUUCGCCAAGUCUGGUGAGUUGCUGACUCGAAGAUUGAGAAAGCUGGGCUUCCAGGCCAUGUUGGGACAAGAGAUUGGUUGGUUUGACGAUCGGAAGAACAGCCCCGGCACAUUAACAACCCGGCUGGCCACUGAUGCCUCGCAGGUGCAAGGGGCUACGGGGACCCAGAUUGGGAUGAUUGUCAACUCGAUCACCAACAUCGGCGUCUCCCUCAUCAUCGCCUUCUACUUCAGCUGGAAGCUGACGUUGGUCAUUCUCUGCUUCCUGCCCUUCCUGGCCCUCACCGGUGCCCUGCAAGCUCGCAUGUUGACCGGCUUCGCCAACCAGGACAAGGAUGCCCUGGAGGCUGCUGGCCAGAUAUCCAGUGAGGCCCUGAGUAAUAUCCGGACCGUCGCUGGGCUGGCCAAAGAGAAGAUGUUUGUGCAGUUGUUCGAGGCGCAGCUUGAAGCCCCGUACAAAGCGGCGAUAAAAAAGGCCAACGUCUAUGGUUUGUGCUUCGGCUUUGCCCAGUCCGUCAUCUUCCUCGCCAACGCCGCGUCGUACCGCUUUGGUGGUUACCUUGUGGUGGCCGAGAACCUACACUUCAGCAUCGUAUUCAGGGUGAUUUCUGCGAUAGUGACAAGCGGCACGGCGCUGGGACGAGCAUCUUCGUACACUCCAGACUAUGCCAAGGCCAAAAUAGCGGCCGCACGCUUCUUCCAACUGAUCGAUCGGGUCCCCAAGAUCAACAUCGACAGCAACGAAGGAGAAAAAUGGAGCAACUUCAGAGGAGACAUUAAGUUUGUGGAGUGCACGUUCACCUACCCCACUCGGCCAGAUUUCCAGGUACUGAACGGGCUCUCGGUGUCUGUGAUGCCCGGACAGACCCUGGCCUUUGUCGGCAGCAGCGGCUGUGGGAAGAGCACCAGUGUGCAGUUACUGGAGCGCUUCUACGACCCGAACCAGGGACGAGUGAUCAUCGAUGGCCGCAGCACAAAAAACAUAAACACGGCGUUCUUGCGAUCGAAGAUUGGGAUUGUUUCUCAGGAGCCGGUGUUGUUUGACAGCAGCAUCGAGGAGAAUAUUAAAUACGGUGACAACAGCCGGCAGGUCAGCAUGGACGAGGUGAUCGCUGCAGCAAAGAAGGCUCAGCUCCACGACUUUGUCAUGUCCCUGCCAGAGAAAUACGGCACCAGGGUUGGGGCCCAGGGCUCGCAGUUGUCCCGUGGGCAGAAGCAGCGUAUUGCCAUCGCACGAGCCAUCGUCCGUGACCCAAAGAUCCUGCUCCUGGAUGAGGCCACGUCUGCGCUCGAUACAGAGAGUGAAAAGAUUGUCCAGGAUGCUCUAGAUGAAGCCAGGAAAGGACGGACUUGUAUUGUCAUCGCGCACCGGCUGUCGACUAUUCAGAACUCGGAUAUCAUUGCAGUCAUGUCUCGAGGAAUCGUUAUUGAACAAGGAUCUCACGGGAAUCUCAUGGCGGCUAAAGGGGCUUACUAUAAACUUGUCACGACUGGAGCCCCCAUCAGCUAAAUAACGUCAAAGCAAAUCCACAAUCUUUAUUCAACCACUUCAUAAGACCAUAAGUGACGGGGGCAGAAUUAGGCCAUUCGGCCCAUCAAGUCUACUCUGCCAUUCAAUCAUGGCUGAUCUAUCUCUCCUUCCUAACCCCAUUCUCCCACUCAAAUGCACCUUGCUCAAAUGCCCUUUCAAAUCUUGUCACUACUCCAGUUUUCUUCUCCAUAAAGUCCAUGGAUGUUAAAUGCUGCAACAUAUGUUGUACAUUUUUUUUAAUGUCUGUUUAUCUUUAAGUAGAAUUGCUUUGUACAUUGUGUCAGAACUUUAAAAAUCUAGCAACACAAUAAAUGAGUUCUGCUCGCAUGAGUCAGUAAAAUACAGUUUUGUUUCUCUAUAACUAACGCUUUCUAACUUAACUGGAAUUAAAUAUAAGACAGUUGAUAAUUGUUUGAAGCAUUUCAAUGACACAGAACAAAUUACAAACAUACCUCAAGUAAUACCUCAAAUAAUGACAGUUUUGUCAAAGUUUUAUGAAUCUAAAAUAAAAAACAGUAGACCAUUGUCCAAA